AAGAGCUCAGGCGCGUAAAUAGAAAGUGAGGACUCUGGGGAGUGGGUAGAGCGUCCCGCAUCCCCCCGAGGAUUGUUGGAGGAUUGUUGAGGUACAGUGCUGGGGACUUGUUUUGCUGCCCUGAUGCCUAAGAUGAGAUGCACCACUUCUCGCACGGGCUUGCUGAAGAGAUUAUACUACAAACUAGAAUCUUGCUUCCCUUUGCUCCAUGAUACUCUCAGAUGGCGUUCUUUUCAGUGUUUUUGGAUGGCACCGUGUCUGAGGACUCCAGCUGUUCUGAUGAUAGCCUAAGAAGAUUGCAUGCUGUUCCCUCUCCUUGCCAAGCCAGGCCCAUUCGGAACCUUGGCUCUGGGUCCUUCAUGGAGACCAGCUCCUGGCAGGAAACUGGCACCCCGAUGGUUCCUCCAUGUGAAGCUGUCUCUGGCUGUGGGCUGACUAGAGGACACCUGGUGGCCAGGCCAGCCCUUUGUCAGUCAUCCGGGUCGGGGCAGCAUGGUGCGGUUUCAGAGGAGGAAGCUUCUGGCCUCUUGCCUGUGUGUGACAGCGACUGUCUUUCUGAUGGUCACACUCCAGGUAGUGGUUGAGCUUGGGAAAUUUGAAAGGAAGAAGCUUAAAGACUCCAAUGUGCAAGACGGACAUAGAGAUGUGGAGGGAGAGCCUAAACACCUGGAGCCGUUUCCUGAAAAGGAAGCACUGGCCUUGGCUGGGAGGACAAAGGUGGAUGCUGGUAGCUACCCCAUCGUGCUGUGGUGGUCCCCACUGACUGGAGAGACUGGCAGGCUUGGCCAGUGUGGGGCAGAUGCUUGCUUCUUUACCAUCAACAGGACCUUCCAGCAUCAUCCGAUGACCAGGGCCUUCCUAUUCUACGGUACUGACUUUAACAUAGACAGCUUACCUUUGCCUCGGGAAGCCCAUCAUGACUGGGCGCUUUUCCAUGAAGAGUCCCCCAAAAACAAUUAUAAGCUCUUCCAUAAACCAGUCAUCACCUUAUUCAACCAUACGGCCACAUUCAGCAGGCAUUCCCACUUGCCACUGACUACGCAGUACCUGGAAGGCGUGGACGUCCUGAAGUCACUCAGAUACCUAGUUCCUUUACAGGCUAAGAACAACCUAAGACAAAAACUGGCCCCAUUGGUAUAUGUUCAGUCGGACUGCGAUCCACCAUCAGACAGGGACAGCUAUGUCCGGGAGCUGAUGGCGUACAUUGAAGUUGAUUCCUAUGGCGAGUGUUUACAGAACAGAGAUCUUCCCCAGCAGCUGAAAAACCCCGCCUCCAUGGAUGCUGAUGCUUUCUACAGAGUCAUUGCCCAGUAUAAGUUCAUCCUGGCCUUUGAGAAUGCGGUCUGUGACGAUUACAUCACAGAGAAGUUCUGGAGACCACUGAAACUGGGGGUCGUGCCCGUGUAUUACGGAUCCCCCACCAUCGCCGACUGGCUUCCAAGUAACCGAAGCGCCAUUCUGGUGUCGGAAUUCUCUCACCCCAGAGAGCUGGCGAGCUUCAUUAGGAGACUGGAUUAUGACGAUGGGUUGUAUGAGACCUAUGUAGAGUGGAAGCUAAAGGGCAAGAUCUCUAACCAGCGGCUUCUGACAGCUCUCAAUGAACGGGAGUGGGGUGUGCAGGACAUUAACCAGGACAACUACAUUGACUCGUUUGAGUGUAUGGUGUGCCGCAGGGUGUGGGCAAACAGUAGGCUGCAGGAGCAGGGCUUACCACCCAAACAAUGGAAGGCAGAUGUUAGCCACCUGCAUUGCCCGGAGCCUGCCUUGUUCACCUUCUCAUCUCCAGCUUCUCCGGCCCUACGUGGGAGAUCGUUGCGAGAGCUGUGGCUACCUAGCUUCCAACAGUCUAAAAAAGAAGCCCAGGCACUGAGGUGGCUGGUGGAUAGGAAUCAAAAUUUUUCAUCUGAAGAGUUCUGGGCUCUAGUAUUUAAGGACUAAUUUAAAACGGUACUAGACUGACAGAGUAAGCUUAAUUCUCUUGGUGGCCUUAAUAUUUGAAGAUGAAAGAUGAUGGCUAUUCUACUGAGUAUCCUUUAGGAUAUGAAGUCAUUGUAGCAGUUUUCACAAAGAGCCCUGGCAAGUAGUAGCUGAGAAUUACCUCUAGGGGUUGCCUGUGUAUUUUUAUACUAAAAAAGGAAUAGGCUUUUUAAAAUGGACAUUGGUUGCCUUCAGGUUAUGCAUUUGGACCCAGGUACUGGCUGUCUUCUGUGGAAACCGACUUGAGCUUUCCUUGCUACACAUAUCUAGCUGUGAGUUGGGUGAUACCCACCUCCCUGUUAGCGGCUCCUUGGUCUGCAGCAAGACCAGUUUGUUGAAUGAAUGAACCGCAUUAGAACUUGGCAGUGAGAGACUCCAUCUGUUGUUCUUGGGGACGUGAGUGAGUAAGAAAAGCACUGUCAAGCUCCUCUGCUCCCCAAGUACAAAAACCUGGGACCUGUGCGUGUCUUCCUUCCUCUCCACACCUGCAAGCCACCUCGCCAGCCCUGCCUAUAUUUGCUUCACCUGUGCCCUCCUCUCAUUUCCCUUUGAAGGGGAAUUUUUUAUAAAGACGUAACUUCUCCUAGUUUCUCCAUCACUGAGAGGUCACUCAUUAUUUCUUAUACUACAGAGGUGGAAGAGGAAACAUGGUCAGUCUCAUGGCAACCAGCCAUUUGUUUUGAUCAAGUUGUGGGAUGCGAAUGCCCUGGGCUCUCCUCUGGUUUGAAGCCGAUUGCUCUGAGAGUGAUGGAUACAGCCUGUCACGGUAGGCAGGCAGGCAGGCUGCCGCGGAGUAUUUCCCAAUUUCUAAGGCUGCUGGAAAAGGCUCAGCUGUAUCAUCUGGUUACCUACGGGAGCUCUCUGCAAACUAGGAGGAACAACACUGGCUUCCAUUCCAGUAGAUGGUAAGAAGACUCCUGGCCCACACCAAAGCCUUUGGAUAACGAAUGUGUUGGCUUCUGUGUUCUUUCUGUGGGAAGACAAGCCAUUGUUCUACAGCUGUGGCAGCCAGCCUGUGAGAAAUGAGGGUUGAAAGCAGCGCAUUCUUCAGGAGCAGCUGGGUCACCUUCCUGGUGGCAGAACCUGUCUGUGGAGAGUUUCUCCUCAACCUCACAUUUGUCACGGACUAAACGUGAUCAUAGACAAAUCUCUUAACCUCCCAGGGCCUUGAAUUUGUAUCUUAAGAAGAAGUGGUUGAGCUGGCCUUUGAAGUUGUAACUUUUUAAAAUUACUCAUCAAAGUUUAAGAUGGUUAAUUUCAUAUGUGCUUUUUGCUAAUGUGGGAAUAAACUGGCAUAGAUGUGUGUUUUUCAAGAAAUGUAUUCUUUGGAGGAAGGAGCGUACGUGUUUUACAUAGCAUUGGGAAUGAAGGGGCUUCUCUAUUAUUUUAUCUAAUGACACCGACACUGUUAAGUGUUGGAAAAGGGGUUGUUGGUGUGAAGUCAGGCCUUAAACUGUGUGCUGAAUGAAGUGGAAUGCUUUCUGAAUCCUCAGAAAUGGUCUGCCAAAGGAUUUAUAACUUUGACAAAAUAACGUAGUAGCUCCACUUUCCAUAAAUGUCUGAAUCAAAUGCUCAGUGCUUUCAUGUGUGUCUCAAAUCUCAAUAUGUCAGGCAAUUCUUCACAUUUUUUUUUUUUUGAGAACUUCAAAUAUGCCGUGACGGAUCUGAUCCUCCCCCACCCCUCCCAAUGUCUCAGCAAUGUCCAUCCCUCCUUUGUCUUUAUUUUAAGUUGAAAAUAGAAUCUUCUCUCAUACAAUACAUCCCAACCACACUUUCUCCUCCCUUCACUCCUCCUAACUCCCCCCCCCCCGAUGAUCCUACUCCCCCUCCAUUUCCUCUUCAGAAAAGAGCAGCCCUCCAAGAGACAGCAGCUCAACAGGACAAAAUAAGAUGUGGUAAGACAAGGCAACAGCCCUAAUAUUGAGGCUGGUCAUUAAACAUAGAUUAGAAUAUACUAAAUCCAUUUUGUGCUGUUUAUCAGUGCAUUUGUGAGGGGCCAUGCACUGGUGCCAGGAACACUGUCAGCUGGACAUUCUCAGUGGUGAAUAGCUCCUUUGCAAGGCUUGGAGCCUGGUGAUAAUCUGUCCCCACCCCUCCAGGGAUUGUGACUGACUUGGUCAUGUGCAGGUCUAGUACCGGUAACCCCGGCUGUGGUGAAUUCAUCUGGGUGACAGCAGUGCCAUAUCUAGAAGGCAGCGUCUCACAAAAAUGGUUGAGAUAGAUCUCACAUUUAUGCCUGAGCACCCGGCCUUUUAUCUCAGUACUUUUGAUCAUUUAUAUCUCCCUAGUGAUUGUUACCCACUGCAAAAAGAAGUUUCUCUGGCUAAGGUUCUGCUCUAGGUAUAAACAAAAUUUAUUUCAUUUUUUUUUUAUAAAUUACAUUUUCUGGAAUUUUAUACAUGAGUACAUUGUAUUGACAUCAUUUCCACUCAUCUUUCUCUGCCCUACCCCAACUUCUUCCCCUUCCUCACUUUCAAAUUCAUGACUUACAUGUUUAUAAUUAAUGUUGCACAUAUGUAUAUAUAACCUAUGAAGUCCAUUUAGUGUUGCUUCUAUGUUCAUGUGUUUAGGGUUGACCACUCGAUAUUGGAUCACCUGUCAGGAAUCUUGUACCUAAAGAAAACUGGUUCUUUUUCUCUUAGCAGCUACCAUUAUAGAUGGUUAUGAGCCUCCAUGUGGUUGCUGGGAUUUGAGGACUCAGGAUCUCUAGAAGAGCAGGUGGCGCUCUUAACCACGGAGCCAUAUCUCUAGCCUCUGUUUUCUUUUUAAAAUUGAAAUGGUUUUUCAUAUAAUACAUUCUGAUUUUCCCUCCCCACCCCUUCCAAAUCCUUCUCACCUCCCCACCCACGUAGUUCAUGACCUUCCUUGCUCUAAAACACAUAAAACAAACACAUACAAAAAGCACCAAGAAACACCCCAAAACCUCACAAUUGAAAGCAAAAUGUAUAAGCAAGAGACCAAUAAGACAAAAAAGUGUAAACAAAACAAAAUGAGUAAAAAAAAAAUCUACCAAAAUUAUCAUUGAAUUUACUUUGUGUUGGCCAACUAACUACUCUUGGGCUUGGAGGUCUACCCUGAAGUGUGGUUGAUAUACCAGGUGAGACGGUAUUAGCGAAAGGCAGUUUUUCCUUUGCCGGCAGUUAUGAUUUGCACAUAGCUUAGGGACUUUCCCUCCUCAGUGCUUGGACUUCACCUGUCUUAAACCUGUGCAGGUGCUGUGUAUGCUGCCAUAGUCUCUGUGUGCUCAUACGUGUGUCAGUCCUGCUCUGUCUGGAACUCAUCCCACAUGAAGUGGGGAAGGAUCCUUGAGCCCUGCCCAGCAACUAAGGAGCUGUGGACAGUUGUUGUCUUCUAGGGAAGGGAGAGUCAUUUUUCUUUAAAGGUGUGGCUCCUGGUAGGUAGGCCAUGCUCAAGUAGAUCAUUCAAUACCCAGGACUAUCUGGAUAGCAUUAAUUGGACUCAGGGUUAUAUAUAUAUAUAAAAAAGACAACAUGACAUUGUGGGGUAUAGGAGGUUGGACAUAUCUAGGAAGAACUAGGGAAAGAGUGGGUGACUUUUAUCAAAAAAACAUUGUAUGAUAUUCUCAAGGAAUUAAUAAAAAUAUUUUGGUAGAGUGCAUUUCAAUGAAAAGAAGUGAGGCAUUGUGGGACUCUAGGUACCCACAGUUUUGAGACUUCUGUGCUUUGAGACAUUUUUGUUAGCUAGCAUCUGCAGCUUCUUUUAUUAGGCGUUCCUUCGUAAGAUACCUUCCUGCUUCCGACAGUCGAUGUAAGUGCCUCCUAAUCCCAAGGUCUCCCGUCUCCAAGUAGAACCUGCUGUCUGAAUGCCUUGGUGCACUUUCCCGGUGCUCGUCCUAUCACAGCAUGGUUCUCUUUACCUCAUGCUCUGUGAACUGAUUCAAGGGGACACCAAAAGUAAUGCCGGUGCAGUAUUCGCACUGGUGACUCAGUGUAUUUUACCUGGGUUAUUCAUGAGGACUAAGUUGCUAAGCAGUAUGAGAAGGUGGACAGAAAACCUACCAGAACUUUAAUAGAGAUAAUAACUAAUGUUUGCUAAUAGUCUUCAUGUCUGCACUUGAAAAUGGAGACAGCUUUGACUUUUGGUCAUGCAACAGAUCUAAAGUUUCAGAGACUAAAUGCUUACUGGCGUAAGGACUGGUUUCUAGUAGCUGGAACAUCAGUUAGGGCCAUUGUCAUUUUAAGUAACUGGAUGCAUAGUUGGUUGCUUGGAAGAAAAGUGAAAGUGACUGUCUCCCCCCCCCCAUUUGUACAUUAUGUAUUAUUACACAUAGGAAAGCCAGAUCAGUGUCUGCAGAGCACUGAAUCCAGCAGAGAACAAAACUGAACUUGAAAAGCCUCACAUGAUAUUAUGUAUUUUUUAAAGCCUCUAUAACACAAUUCCUGCUGAAGAUAAUUAGGAAUCUCUUCUAGCCUUUUCUUUCCCUAGUUCCCAGACACUUAAUCACUUUAGGUACGUAUCAUAGACUUGGUGACUUACAAAUAACAAAAGUUUACUUCUUAUGUUUUUGGAGGCCGGGAAAUCUAAGCUCAAGGUGCUAGUAGAUUUGGUGUCUAGGCAAGGGCUGCUUGUUUCACAGGUGGUAGUCUUCUUGCUGUGACUCACACAGCGGUAGGUGAGUGAGUUUUCUGAGGUUUAUUUUAUGACACUGAUCCAGUCAGACACCAUACUUACUUCCCAAAGCCUCUACCACUCUAUAUGUGGGUUUGUUUCUGCUUUGUUUUGACAGGGUCUCACUGUGUAUCCCUGACUGGCCUGGAACUCUCUUUGUAGAUCUGGUUGUCUUCAGACUCACAGAUCUGCCCGUCUCUGUGUUCCAAGUGCUAAGAUUAAAGGUAUGCAGCACCGUGUCUGGUAAAUGGCAAAUAUUUGAUAUUAAAAUUUUAGCAUAUUCAGUUCAUAGCACCAGCGUAGAGGAAGUUGAAUACCCUAGAGCAAGAUGGGCCCAAUUUUGCAUAACUAAUGUGUCUCAGAGUGUUCAGAGGAUAGUGGGGAAGUUCAAACAAGAACAAUGAUUAGUCUUGUUUCAGAAAACUUGGCAGUCUUGAAUAUUUUAUGAAACGUCCUCAAUGUCCUUAAAUUUUUAAAAAAAAAUUUUAUUAGUGGAUAUUUUUACUGCAUAUCAUAUUAUCAACAUAUUAUACUAUAUAUGCAUAUAUUUAUAUACACAUAUACUAUGUGUAUAAUAUAUAGCUUAAUACAUAAUAUAUAAAUCAUAUAUAUAUAUAUAUAUAUAUCUGGAAAUGUUGGGAAAAAGUUAAAAGUCAGGGGAUAUAGAAUUAUGUCCUAUAACACUAGAGUAAGAAAAAAAUAUUGCCUGAGUUACAAUGUAUUAUAUUAUCUUUCUCAAGUUAUUUGGUCUUUCUCCCUAUUCUACCAUAUGCCUACUGUACUAGCUGACCUCCUUGUGAGACGGUUGUGAUGAUUAAAUGAGCAAAUGUUCAUACUUUCCAUUUUACAUAAGAGUUGAUGACCAUAGUCAUUACUCUUUUAUUUGCAAAGUCUGUGACUGAGAUUGUCCAGUAAGACAGUUUGGCGAAUGACAGAUUAGAGGGAUGCCCCUUUGUUCUUGUUUGUUACUUGAUAUGUAUUUAUUGAAUGUUGUGGACUAGGCAUCGUGACAGGCAAUGUAAUGACAAAAGAUGUGAGCGAGAGAGAAGGCUUUGGGAUAUUAUUAAAACCAAGGACCAGGAGGCUGCAGAGAUGGCUCAGGGAUUGAGAUGCUGGCUGCUCUUACAUAGCACCCAUGUUUGGCAGCUAGUAACUCCAGCUCCAGGGAAUCUAAUACCCAAUCCUGGACUCCAAGGAUACCCUCACUCAUUCAUUCCCCCUCGACACUCUCCCUUUCCCGUUCCCUCUCCUUCCUUCCCUCCCUCCCUCUCUCCCUCCCUCCAAGGCUCAUAAAAUAAAUCAUAAAAAACCAAACAGGUAUGAAGGAAUGGCCAGAGUAUUCACAGAUACCCUAGUGGGACUUUUGAUACGUUUGCAUACAGCUUUGAACAGCAAAAUGAGUCUGGAGUGGUCCUGUGAUAGCAAGGGACAAAUCCUAUAAACCUGCCUGUUUGAUUGAUGAAUAAAGCUUAGACCGAAAACCCUAGGAGGAUCUUUGGUUGCCUUCCCAUUACUCUGUCCUGAAUCUUGGACCCAGGCCAUUUAAUGGACCUGGAUGGAGAAAGAGGAUAGACAUGACUAGGUCUGUACAUCUGUAUCGCAAUCAUUCAUUCACAGAAGAUCAGUGAGGAGAAAGAAAAGAAGAGAAGAAACCUGAUAAAUCAUCUGCGAUCAGACCUGCCCUCUCCUGUGCUCCAUGUGGUAUGGGUUACAGGUACAACACACAGAAGUGAGGUGUUACACACCAGUGACUUCUCUACCUGUAACUUUGGCCCAUCACUUUCCCAGGCUCACACACAUUGACUCAGAACCUUAGUAGGACUCGAGAUAAGGCUGAGUGAGGAGCUGGGCAAGGGGCUACAUACAGUGUGGGGUGCAGCAGAGGCGACUCCCUAGGGUUUUAUCCUCUCAGUGCAUUGGGAUGAACAGCGUGGUUAUCAUCAGUCAGAGGUGAGGCCGCAUCAGAGCAGUCAUAACAUAACAAAAGAGACCUUCAUCUGUCUUCUCGGGGCUUCUGCCCUCCAUUGUUCCUUUAUACUCCUUGGGGCAGUGAACUGGGAGGUUCCUUUAGUCAGUGCCACUGAAGCUUCUGAAGGGAGUCAGGACUGGACAGAGAUGAAUGCUUCCGAGUACAUAUGUCCUCUGUGUUACUUACAAACCCCACAUCAUCCAGUCAGGAGCCUGAGAAGACAUUCUGCAACCAGCCUACCCAGGCUGUUAGGACUAUUCAAAAGUUUGCUACCAUGGACCUAAUUUUUAACAAUAAGUGGGUUGAUUAUGAGACUAAAAGACCAUCACUGUAGGCGAUGGAGGUAUAAAUGAUUUUGAGGCUGGCCAUAUUCCAAGAGCCUUUGAGAUGAACUUAAGUUGUUUCUCAAACACACAGAGUAAACUCCCUUGAUGAAUCUACUCAAAGGAGGGGAGAAAAGACAAUAUCAUAAAAGAAUGUCCAUGAUAAAGCAAUAAAAAUGAUUAAUUAAA